AUUAUAUUCCAACCUUAUCUUCAUUUUUAUUCUCUCUCUCUCUCCUUCCUUUUCUACGUGUCAAGUAACAUCUAGUUGACAACAAAACAGUAGUCAAAUAUGCGUAACAUAUCCAUUUACAUCUAUGUUGUUGCCUGUUAGCAUUCGGACCCUCCUUAGGCACAAAGCUAAGAUCAUGAACAUAUAUAUGUAUUGGCUACUGCAUAUUUGUUAUGUGUUGCGAGUUUAUUACAGAACCAUGAACUCCUUGAGAGCUAAAGGAAGUCGUCGCCACCAACAACAAAAAGCAAAUCUUCAAUGGUGAUGUCACUAUCUCUUCUAUUCUCGCCGGGUUCCCCACUUCUGUUCUGACUUUUCCUCUGUUUUGUCGUUUUUUCUUUGUUAUUUUGGAUUCUUCUGUCCACCAAUAUAAUAGUUGGAAUCGUGCAGUUUCCCGAAGCAACAAAACUCUUUCCUCCCAAGUCUUGCAUUUCCAGUAAGUUACAGUUUCUCAAGUCUCAUCCUCUUUGCUAUUAUGUUUGUGGCUCACAAAAUAAAACAGGGCAUAUUCUCUUACCGUUUAGCUUACUUACCCAUUUGUGUUUACAAAAUGAUGUGGUUUGAGUGUCUUUGACUGGCAACUAAGGCCAAAGACUGUUCAACAUAUAUUAUCUGCUGACGCUUCUUUAUGAAGUACAAGUAGAAGAAGAAGUACGUAGGAAGAGUUUUGGCCGCCAGAGUUAUCUCGUCCUCUCAAAAAUAUUCCUGGGAUCAUAAAUCUAUCUUUGUCAACCAUGAACACGCAUCAAGUUCCAGAGUAUGUUGAAACCGAUCCCACUGGACGCUACGGACGUUUUGAAGAAGUUCUUGGAAGGGGAGCGAUGAAGACAGUGUACAAAGCAAUCGACGAGAUGCUGGGAAUAGAAGUAGCGUGGAGCCAGGUGCAGCUAAAAGAGGUUCUCCGUUCCUCUGUUGAUAUACAGAGGCUCUACUCCGAGGUUCAUCUUCUCAGCACUCUAAACCACAAAUCUAUCAUUCGUUUCUACACUUCCUGGAUCGAUGUUCGUUCACACACUCUCAACUUCAUCACCGAGUUGUUCACUUCUGGGACCCUCCGACAAUACAAAAACAAGUACUUGCGGAUAGAUAUCCGAGCAAUCAAGUCCUGGGCUCGGCAGAUCUUGGAAGGGCUUGUUUAUCUCCACGGCCACGACCCUCCUGUUAUCCACAGAGACCUUAAGUGUGAUAACAUCUUUGUUAAUGGACAUCUUGGACAAGUCAAAAUAGGCGAUCUUGGUCUUGCAAGAAUGCUCCGGGACUGCCACGCUGCCACUAGUGUCAUCGGCACUCCCGAGUUCAUGGCUCCAGAACUAUACGAGGAGAACUAUAACGAGCUCAUUGACGUUUAUUCCUUUGGUAUGUGCUUUUUGGAGAUGAUCACCUCUGAGUUCCCGUAUAGUGAGUGCAACAAUCCAGCGCAGAUUUACAAGAAAGUUGUUGCGGGGAAGCUACCAGGAGCCUUUUACAGAGUUGGAGACAUAGAGGCACAGAGGUUCAUUGGGAAAUGCCUGGUGCCUGCCUCAAAGAGAGUGUCAGCAAGAGAGCUAUUGCAAGAUCCAUUUCUCGCGUCUGACGAGUCCUGGAUGGUGUACGCUAGAGGUGCUGAGAAUCUGAAGCCUUUCUUGAACGAGAAUGAAAUGAAAAGACUGAAGUUGAAAGAUGAUGAGUUAGGAAGGAGCCGUAUGACCAUCACCGGGAAGCUGAACGCUGAAGAUAACACAAUCUUUCUGAACGUACUAAUCGCAGAUGAAAAUGGUAAGGCAAAGAAAGUUUCUUUUCCCUUUGACAUCAUGAAUGAUACUUCUAUUGAUGUUGCCAAGGAGAUGGUAAAAGAACUCGAGAUCACAGAUUGGGAGCCAGUCCAGAUUGCUAAAAUGAUUGAUGGAGAGAUCUCUUCUUUGGUGCCUGGUUGGAGGUACGAGGAGGGAGAUGCUCAUGAUGAGACGAAUUCUCAGAGUUCUUCCAAUUCAGGGUCCUAUUCCAACGUCAACUACAUAUCUGUUGAUGAGCACAGCUCCCAACCUUCUGCUAAGACCAGAACUCACAACGUGACGAGGUUCUGCCCCGAAGAAAGCUCUCAUCUACAUUCAGGACGCGCCAACGUAUGUGCAGCUUCCAGUUCAAGUAACUGGAGACUGGCAUCAGACAAUCGCGCACUUACAAGGAACCGCUCACUUGUAGACGUGCAGAGGAAGUCACUGCAGCGGUCGCUGGUGGAAGAGGGUAGGAAGAGAAGGUUGUUCAAAACUGUUGGAGACGUCGAAAACGUUGGGUUUCAGUCUCCUUAUGCUGUUUCGAGGAGGCCACUGAGCUCAAGGCGCUAAGCUUCUCCCAUAUUUUGAACAUACUGUAGAUUUGUAUUCAUGUAAAAUCUAUAGUGUAAUGUGAACAUACUGUAGAUUUGAACAUACGGCUUAUGUUUCCAUGUAAUAACAAAGGGGCUUAUUUACUUCAGACCGUCAA